UUUUUCAUAAAGUUCUAUGGUGACAUUCAUGUACUUUUUUUUUGGUCUUUCAGGUUUGGGCUUACGGCUUUGUAUCUUUUUGCAAUUCAGUAUUUCACAAAGAUUGGGGGCAAGGUUUCAGUGAAGCUCAUUAAAUAUGAAAAUAACAAAAGCACUGAAUAUAGGGCUGAUAGCUUGGUCUACAAGGUUUUUGGUCUAUAUUUUAUGCAAUCAUAUAUUGGUCUGUUUUAUCAUGCCCUUUUGCACCGCAACAUCAUGACCCUCCGCCAAGUCUUGAUUCAACGUCUGAUUGUCUCUCAGGUGUUGCAAAAUCUAUUGGAGAAUGCAGUUCCAUACCUCAAAUACAAAUAUAGAAAAUAUACAGCUGUUCGCAAGAAAAAACACGAGAGUGGAUCAUCAACAGGGAAGAUACGUCUGGCUUCUAGAGUAGAAAAAGAGUAUCUAAAACCUGUUUACUCUGCCAGCAUUGGGGAAGAAAUUGAAGAUGGUUUAUUCGAUGACUUUCUGGAGUUGACAUUGCAGUUUGGAAUGAUCAUGAUGUUUGCUAGUGCAUUCCCCCUUGCAUUUUCCUUUGCUGCCUUGAACAAUAUCAUGGAGAUCAGGGCAGAUGCACUGAAGCUGCUUGUCAUGUUUAGGAGGCCUGUUCCUCGUCCUGCUGCAACUAUUGGAGCUUGGCUGAAUAUAUUCCAGUUUCUUAUAGUUAUGUCAAUCUGCACCAACUGUGGGCUUCUCAUUUGCUUGUAUGAUCUUGAGGGUAAAUGGAGAAUCGAGCCAGGACUAGCAGCUAUUCUCAUCAUCGAGCACAUCCUCCUGCUUAUCAAAUUUGGAUUCUCACGGUUUGUGCCAGAGGAACCUGCUUGGGUGAAACAAAACCGCGUGAAGAAUGCAGCACAAGCACAGGAAAUGUGCUCUAAACAACUUUUGAGAAGCAUCUUUGGGAGGAAACUAGAGUGAGGAGUGCGACUCUACGAAGCUUCAAAGAAACUGUUGUUUCAGUUUCCAUUAUGAAUGGAAAGGCAUCUUGAUUUCCACGUCAAGAAGCUGAUGCCCUGGGCACUUGUUCAAGACUCAGCCGGGUUAUGAUACAGCUGCAUUGGGGCUAAUCUGGAAUUUUGAAAUGCUAAUGUAUCGGGUCUGUUGUAGAUACAAAUCGACUGAAACUAGUUGGUUUUGCUGUGUGGAUUUUAGUGAUUGUGAGGGAUUGAUUAGUGUAAAAUGUUGGUCCAUAUUAGGUUAUAGUGGAAUCAAGUUUUCCUAUGGAUCUGGUCUUUUGGCAACCAUAUGGAGGGAAUUCAAUUCUUUGUGCCUCUGCAUAACAAUUGAAAUCAUUAAUGGGUGUAGACAAAGGUCAAAAAAUGGAAUGCUAAAUCAACUAAUUUUCAAUCUCUUAA